AUCAGAGCCCUUAUGAUGUUUUGCACAAAAGCGCCUGUGUUCGUAGUUUUACUUGGGGCGCCCGAAAUAGCAUGCAGUAAGCAGUGCCAUAUUGUGAGUUUUCAAAACUAAAAGCAGAAGUGGCUUAUACUGGCAGGAAGCUGUAAUUCCUAAAGAUUACUGAGGAUCUGUGAAGUAAAAGAGAACUGCUCACUUCUCUGCAUCAGAUGUUUAAUUCAACUUUUACUAAACUCAUUUCUUUAAACCUAGAAGGCCUUGAGGUUACACAGAUGAAAAUUGAUUGAAAGGAAAGGUUCGGCAUGAAUUGUUCCACAUUUCUCUUGCUUGUGCUGAUGUUGGUUCAACUUCGGCCUUGCUGUCUGAGAGUACAGAACCACAGUGCUCAAAAUACAGAUCAGCCUUUCACAGCAGUUCGAAGAGUGAAACGUGGCUGGGUAUGGGAACCACUUUUUGUAACCGAGGAACAAAUUCCAGUGGUGCCUGCUUAUGUUGGACAGCUAAAAUCAGAUUUAGAGAAGCAUGGUGGCAACCUAAAAUACAUUUUGACUGGGGAGGGAGCUGGAAGCAUUUUUAUCAUUGAUGAAAAUAAUGGCAAAAUUUACGUCACACAAAAGCUGGAUAGAGAAAAGAAACCCUUCUACACUCUAAGAGCAGAAGCAAUUAACAGGAACACCCAGCUUCCUGUUGAACCUGAAUCAGAAUUUAUUAUCAAGGUUCGAGAUAUCAAUGAUCAUGAACCACAGUUCUUGGAUGGACCUUAUGUGGCCAGUGUUCCAGAAAUGUCACCUGAAGGUACUUCAGUUACACAGGUAACAGCUACAGAUGGUGAUGAUCCUUCUUAUGGGGACAGUGCCCGUCUGCUUUACAGUCUACUUCAGGGGCAGCCCUAUUUCUCUGUGGAGCCAAAGUCAGGAGUCAUCAGAAUGGCUUCCCAAAUGGAUAGAGAAACAAAAGAUCAGUAUUUGGUCGUCAUCCAAGCCAAAGAUAUGGUUGGGCAAACAGGAGCAUUUUCAGCCACAGCCACUGUUACCAUCAACCUUUCAGAUGUCAAUGAUAAUCCACCUAAAUUUCAACAGCGACUCUACUAUAUGAACAUCUCUGAAGGGGCUCCUGUGGGCACUACUGUGGGUAAACUCUUCGCAGAAGACAGAGACAUAGGGAAGAAUGCAGCCAUGAAAUAUUUCAUUGAAGGAGACAGCUCAGAUGUUUUUGACAUCAUUACUAACAAUAAGACUCAAGAAGGAAUUAUCUUGUUAAAAAAGACAGUGGAUUAUGAGAGCAAGAGGAGAUACAGUAUUGAAGCAAAAGUUGUAAACAGGUAUAUUGAUGACCGCUUUCUGAAAGAAGGACCGUUCGAAGACAAAACCAUUGUCAAAAUCAAUGUGGAAGAUGUGGAUGAACCUCCAGUUUUCACCAUGGAGAACUACGUGAUGGAGAUUCAUGAAGGGGCUGUGAGUGGCUCACUGGUGGGAACUGUAACUGCUAAAGAUCCGGACAAUGAUGAUCGCCCUGUCAGGUACUCUAUUGUCCACGGCAUGAAUUUAAAGAGAUUGUUCAGCAUCGAUGAACACAAUGGAACAAUCAUUACAACUAAACCUCUGGACCGAGAGAUAGCUUCUUGGCACAACAUAACUGUUAAAGCCACAGAAAUAAGAAAUCCUGAAAAAAAAUCAGAAGCAAAAGUGUAUAUCCAAGUUCUAGAUGUUAAUGAUCAUGCACCAGAAUUUGCUAAAUAUUAUGAAACAUUUGUUUGUGAAAAUGCAAUUCCUGGCCAGCUAAUUCAAAGCAUCAGUGCAGUGGAUAAAGAUGACUCAGAAGAAGAUCACCAUUUUUUCUUCUCAUUGGCUCAGGAGACCACAAACAACUCACAUUUUACAAUCAAAGAUAAUCAAGAUAACACAGCUGGAAUUUUCACAGCAAAAAGUGGGUUCAGGAAGGAAGAACAAUUUUAUUUCUACUUGCCAAUCUUAAUUCUGGAUAAUGGAAUGCCACGACUAACAAGCACAAAUACUCUUACUGUCACUGUCUGUGACUGUGACAUCGAAGUUAACACCUUCUACUGCCGAUACGGAGCUUUCCUGUAUGCCAUGGGCCUCAGUACAGAAGGUUUAGUUGCUAUUUUGGCUUGCAUACUAACACUCCUAGUGUUCUUUUUGGUAAUUGUAGCCAUAAAGCAGCAGAGGAAGAAGUCUCCUUUUUCAGAGAAAAUAGAAGAAUUCAGAGAGAACAUUGUCAAGUAUGAUGAUGAAGGAGGUGGUGAAGAAGACACAGAAGCCUUUGAUAUUUCAGCACUGAGGACCCGCACUGUCAUGCGAACACACAAACCUCGGAAGAAGAUCACCACAGAAAUCCACAGUCUUUACAGACAGUCCCUGCAGGUUGGCCCUGACAGCGCAAUCUUCAGGGAGUUCAUUUCAGAAAAGCUUGAAGAAGCAAAUGCAGAUCCUAGUGCUCCUCCAUAUGACUCACUUCAGACCUACGCUUUGGAGGGUACUGGCUCUUUGGCAGGAUCUCUCAGCUCUUUAGGUUCAAACAUUUCAGAUGCAGAUCAGAGUUAUGACUACCUUACAGACUGGGGACCUCACUUUAAAGAGAUUGCAGCCAUGUACACUUCCCAUACGAGUUUGGGGGAUUAGUUACUCUUUUGUUUAUUAUUUUUCUAAAUCUCAGCAACAGAGAAUGACUGUGUUUUUUUUUAAAAACAAGAUCAUCCCUCAAAAACAUAAAAAAAUAGAAGCCCUAGGUUUCUUUCUGGAAAGUCUUGGAUGUAGAGAUCUUUUGAGAAAUCACACCAGAGAUGAGAUGAGGAGAUGGAGACUCCUGUUUGAAAAUCUUGGGGGUGUUUAGGUGUCCAAAUACAAACUGUGCUGCUUUGGAUACCUAGGUCCCCGUAUGGAUGCUGAAAAUCUAGGUCCUGCAAGUGCAAAAGAAGGAAUGAAGCCAUAAAUGAAUAUUGUGAACAUUCUAUCAUCCAUAAGCUUUAAACUCUUACAAAAUUCAAGCCAGAUUGUUACUGUUGCAGUUGAAUAUAUUCACUAACCAAAGUUAAACAUACAAAUUUGUAUAAUGCUUCAUUAUAUAAAUAUAGCAAUGUGAAGAUGUAGACACUAGAUAGUCCAAUAUAAUUGUUAGAGGCAUUCACAGAUUCAUCUAUUUAUUGUUCUUAGGAUGAUAAAGAUAAAACAAAUGUAUUUUCCUAUCGGUGUAAAAAUAAAGACCCAUUAGAACAUCAGCAAGAACUUGCUACCGCUUUAGUUUUUAAUGGAGCUAUUGGAAAAUGUAUAAACCAGUACUUAACUUAGCAAAUAAGAUAGGAAAAAAAAGAAACCAGUUCAAGUUAGAAUCAAUAUCCAACAUAAAUACUGCAAUCAACCAUAUUAUAUAUUACUAUACUCAGAAAAAAAUGUUAUCCGAAUACAGGCAUUUUUCCUCAUAUUAAGAGUUUAGAGGAUGACUGAUUUCCCAGCACAAAUUUAUUUUUUUAUUAUGGAAUAUAAAAUUAUCUGCAGUAGUCAGUUUUAUUAUAACAAUGUUAAGAAUCUUUAAAAUGCUAAGGUGAUAGUUAUAAAACUUCAUGUAUAACAUUAGAUAAUAAGAUAAUAAAAUGCUUUAGUGUUAAUCCACUUCUGAAAAUGAUCCUGAGUCAUUUUGUGAGACUCAAGUCAGAUUUCAAAAUUAAUUUCUCGCUAUAUUUUUUUCCCAAACAUUGCGUAAUGAAUAUGAAGCUGUCUCAGACAGCUCUUACUUGCACUACCCAGCAGCAAUUCUUGAUCUGAGGGUUAUCAUAUAUGAUCAAAAUGUUCUGUCUGGAAAAAGCAACCUGCCUGUUUUUCAUUCAGCUUUCUUCCAUCACACAUUUAUUUCAAAGUAAUUACAUUAUGUAAUCAACAGAUACAUUUCCAUAGCUAAAAGUUAAGGAAAAAAGAGGGAAAUAAAAAACCAAAAACGUGGCAUGAUUUUCUCUAUCCAGAUACCAGCUUUUACCUAUGGAAUUACAGAGAGCCAGGCAAAAUUUAUGUAAAGAAAAAAAAGAAAAUCACAAAUGAAAACCCACAGCAAGCAAUAAAAGGCAUGUAACAUGCAGGCUCUGCAAUAUUUACCACAUUUGGUCUUCUUUGAAGAAAACCAAGGCAUGCACGCACAGUUGAAAGGUGCCAGUGCAGAGUUU